GCGCGUUCGGCAUUUCUGCGGAAGGGUUUGAACCGAAUCUGAUCGGCUUUUCCAUCUGGGUCUCCCAUGAAAGUCAUUACGCACGCUCGGAGGGGACGACCGGCGCAGCGUGAGUUGCGUGUGGGACACGGUGGCGUUUCUUCGGUAGCGCGUUCGGCAUUUCAGCGGAAGGGUUUGAACCGAACCUGAUCGGCUUUUCUAUCUGGGUCUCCCAUGAAAGUCAUUACGCACGGAAUCGUGUGGGCACUGUGGGACCAAACUUGUGACUGGAAGGACUUCAUAUCUGUAUAUGUGGUGAGAAACAGCCAGAAUGAGCUCACGGAUUGCGCCAGGGUCUCUUCUCCAUGGGAAACUUCACUCUAGUACAUUACAUUGUUUAUCCAUGGUUAAAUAUGGGCCAUAUUGAGGGCCUCAUGCUUUUCACGUCGCAUGUGUAGUGUUAAAGUUAACUUCUCCAUUAUUUCUCCCGUAGCUACUGCAAAAUCAUUUGAUAGUACAUAGCUCUGCUGGUGGGACAUGGAACUCGAGAAUGAUGACCGGGAACCUAGACGAAGCAUGUCUCACGGCAGGACAAGCAGCACUGGUUCCUCAUUGAGACGACGCUCGUUGAGUUUGUCAAGUGUGUUUCCCAAUCAGCUGAAUGAUGACAUUGAAAGUGAGAUGGUUUCAGAGGCUGGCGAUAUCGGGGAUCGGGCUCUUAGCAAUAAGAGGUACAGUGAAAGUGGCAGUGUGCGUUUAUCUACAGAUCAUGCUAUAGAGAAUGGAAUAGUUUUUCCAACUCAAGAGGACACCCUGCUGCAUCCAAUUGGUUUCUGGUCUCGCGAUCCGUCGAAUUUGAAUUCUGUCUCCCCUGUAUCACCCAUGGUGGAAGAGAUCAUAUCUCCUCUAUCAACUGAUGGAAUCUUGAGGCCCGUAGACAAAAAAAAGGAUGAAGAGAAAGUGUUGCCUCAGUCAUUGGAGUAUAUAUCAUGUCUUGUUCAUCUUGCUGUUUUUGGGAUUCUAGGGGUCUUAACAAGGUAUUUACUUCAAAAGUUAUUUGGCCCUGCAGUUACUGGAGUGACACGUGAUACAACUAUAUUAUACCUUGAUCUUCCUUCAAACAUGGUUGGUUCUUUUCUGAUGGGGUGGUUUGGUGUUGUAUUCAAGCAAGAUAUAUCCGAAGUCUCUGAUUUUCUGGCAAUUGGAUUGUCAACUGGUUAUUUGGGAAGCCUUACGACAUUUAGUGGUUGGAAUCAGAAGAUGCUUGACCUUAGUGCAGAUGGCAAGUGGCUGUUUUCGGUCUUGGGAUUUCUCAUUGGAUUAUUUCUUGCAGCCUAUUCCAUUGAAUUCGGGGUGGAGACAGCGAAGGGCUUCCGUUGGUUAAUGAAGAAGCACCCUACAAAUUCUAGCAAUGGCAUAUCUGCAAAGAGCUGGAGAGUUAACAGCCGUAAGCGUCACUUGUCUAUGAUUCUGGUGAUGGUACUGUUGUUGGGGUCAUUAUGGGCUCUUAGUGCGAUUAUGCUGAAACAUGAGUUUGGAAAUGGAGGCAGUGAUGCUCAACUGUGGUUGGGUUGCGUCGUCGGGCCAGUAGGUGUUUGGAUCCGGUGGUUCCUAGCACGACUUAAUGGGCGUGGGCUAGGAAAGACUGGUCUUUUGAAAUGGGUUCCAUUUGGGACCCUAAUUGCCAAUGUCUCUGCAGCUUGUGUCAUGGCAGCUCUCUCUACUAUGAAGGAAGCAGUGAAUACCAAGACUUGUGACACAGUUGCCACGGGCAUCCAAUUUGGACUUCUAGGCUGUCUGAGUACUGUGUCGACGUUCAUGGCCGAGUUCAAUGCGAUGAGACAAAGCAAAUACCCUUGGCGAGCUUAUGCGUACGCGAUUGCUACAAUAGCCGCCUCAUUUGGCUUGGGAAUCCUGAUAUACGAUCUCCCUGUUUGGAUAAAAGGAUAUGGGUAAGCAUGUCCAGAUGGCCUCCUCCUACUUUACUUCGGACAACGCCUGAGGAACUCGAGAGGAGACCAGACCUGUGCACAGACAAGACGAGAGAACUCGUCUGAGUUACACCACCUAAGAGCUUUUUCAUGGUGCUUCGAGCAAGCUGCAUUAUAUGCAAGGAUGCAUUUACCCCCCAUGAUCGAGUUUUGACCCUGCACAUGUUUGAGGAGAUAGCAAAUUACAACUUACACGAAACCGAGUCAUUGUACUUCUCACUUGUGAUAUGUAUCGGAAGACCUUGGCCUGUGAUCCAAAAGAAAAAGCUUAAUGUUGACGUGAUGAUCGAACUUCUUCACGCUUCUAUGGCAGCAAGAAGAAAGCCCCUACUGACUGAUAUCUGCGGGGAAUCACGGGAUUAGAGCACUUCAACUUGGAAGCAGAAAUCCCACCUUUGAUUGCUGCGCAGAUCUGGUAAAAGAGCUCCCUGGCGGCUUUAUAAGAUUGCUCGAAAAUCUGGGCAUAUGGCGAAAAUUUCAUCGACGAAGCCGCGAGAUACAUGCUGGAAUCGAUUGAAUGAUAACGAGACAUUUCGGGUUUUCAUGUCUACAGACAUUU